AUGGCCCUAAAACUCACUGCGAAAACUCAGCAGAUUCUUUCAUCUGCUUCUCGGCUUCCAACAGUAGCCGGUGUCGCAAAAUAUCACGAAAAGGUGAGCUUGAAACUAACGUAUGAAUUUAUUUUUUAAAUUACAGGUUAUUGAUCAUUAUGAAAAUCCGCGUAACGUUGGUUCUUUGGAUAAGAAUGACCCGAAAGUGGGGACAGGAAUAGUCGGCGCUCCGGCCUGUGGAGACGUCAUGAAAUUGCAAAUCAAGGUAAACCGUGUUGAAAUUUUCUGCUAAUUUAAUUCGUUCAGGUCGAUGAUAACGGUAAAAUCAUUGAUGCCAAGUUCAAGACAUUUGGUUGUGGAAGUGCGAUAGCCUCGUCUUCCUUGGCAACUGAAUGGAUAAAUGGAAAAACAGUUGAAUACGCUUCCAAGAUCAAAAAUGAUCAGAUUGCCAAGGAAUUGUGUCUUCCUCCUGUUAAACUUCAUUGCUCAAGUUUGUUUUCUAUUAUUUCUAGUAAUAGGAUUUCUCAGUCUCAAAAUUUUUUCCGAACAAUAUUUUCGAAUUUUUAUUGUUUGUUUUCAGUGCUCGCUCAAGAUGCCAUCCAAGCAGCGUUGAAAGAUUAUCAAAAGAAACAGGCGAAAACCGCAGAAGCCAAGUAA